ACUUUCAUUUUGGGAAGUCCUCGCAUUCUUUCGCGUCAUCCUGUGAUUGCCAGGAAGGCUGCAGAUCAUUUAAUCCUGCUGCUAUCCAUAUUUGCCAGACGCAUGGAGAUAAAACGCACAAACUAAAUAGAGGAGCGCACAGGUGGAGCGUCUUUCAUAUCCAGUGGUUAUCUCCAUGUAGGCUGCAGAGCAAAGGACGCAGCAAUGACAGCGCGCUGCAUUUCAACUAGUUGAUCCCUGAUCUACUCAUUUUCUCUUCCUACUUUUCUAUAUUUUUUUGCGCGUUCGCUCUGCGCAGAGCUCCACAAGGAUUACCUGGGAUGGAAAAAGUUGACCUCCUCUGGAUAAUAAAAACUACCAGGAAAGAAUGAAGUAACCGCUAUGGAGCCGCAAAAUGUCCUGAACUCCAAACUAAAAGCCACUGGAGUCGGAGGGUGGGCCCUGAUUCUUUGGACUAUAGUGUGUUGCACAUUUUCUGUGGGGCUAACACAAGCACAAGAUGUUGAUAUUCUGCGGCAGUUUGGGCUUUUUGAGCGGAAAAUGGAUGUGCCAUCACCAAUAGUGGCUCGCUUUAUUCCGGCUGGCAUCAUCCCCUUCAAGUCUGGUGUCAUCCUCACACCCCAGGCCAAUUUCCAGGUUCCACUCCGUACCAUUAUCCCUGCCAACUAUGACACCACCAGCCUUUCCCUGAUCACAAGUCUCUCUGUUCAUCGCUUCAACAAUGCUUUCCUUUUCUCCAUCCUGUCUAAGAGAAAGAAGGUCCAACUCGGUGUGCAGUUCACACCUGGGAAUGUUUUUGUACAUAUGGGACAAAAGAGCUCUGUGAGUUUUGACUACAAUGUCUACGAUGGCCGUUGGCAUAAUUUUGCUUUGAAUGUUCGAGGAAACCAGGUGUUUUUGCACACAUCCUGUAAUAACCAGAGCUUACAGGCAAAUUUGUCUUUCAAAAAAGGCUAUACCCUGGAUCCAGAGGGUUCCUUCCUGCUGGGCAAAAUGAACCACGAUUCAGUGCCAUUUGAAGGUGCAAUCUGUCAAUUUGACAUUUAUCCCUCUGCAGAGGCAGCUCAUAACUAUUGUGAUUACAUUAGGAAACACUGCAGAGAAGUUGACACAUAUCGGGGUGUUUUUCCCACUGUACUACCUCUAUUUUCAGACCCAAAUGUUACUUUCACUCAUAGAACUUCAUUUUUACUGACAAAGAAGCCAAAAAAGGCCCAGGUGCCAUCUUUAGAUUCAAGGACUACAACUAUUUGUCCAGCCGAUGGGCUGCUAAUGUUGAAAAAAACAUCUUUAUCUGCAGAAUAUGCUGAUGCAUCUAUUCCUCCACAAGUAAAAACUGAAUUGGAAAACCCUUUCAAAGUUGAAACUGUUACUACAUCUCUGCGAACCAUGGAGCCAUCCGAUCUGGAACACACAGCAAAAAACAAGAAACUAAGGGGGUCUUCAGAUGAUUCUGGAAAAAUUUUAUUCUCAACUGUUUUCAUGAAACCACCAUUGAUGAAGCCUGCCCUCAAGCCCUCUGCUGUUCCAUCACAGGGGUCUCUUUCUUACACCUACUUUCUCCAUAAAAAGGAGCUGACAACGGUAGCUCUAAGGAAACCUGACCUGAAAGUGACAGGUGAUUUUAAAUCAACCACACUUCCUGCUUUGACUUCAGCUGCAAAAGAUGACAUUCAGACAUUUGACCAGGAGCCGACCCACUUCUCACUGCUUGCUGGACCUCCUGGGCCAAAGGGAGAACCAGGACCACGGGGUCCCCAAGGAUUUCCAGGCUUGCCAGGGAAACCAGGGAAAAGGGGCCCUAGGGGUCCCCCCGGUCCUCAUGGAAAUCCUGGCCGUUCUGGGACACCUGGAGUGAAGGGACAAAAAGGAGAUCCUGGGAUGUCGCCUGGUCAAGCACUGAAAGGACAAGAAGGAGAAACUGGCAUUAUUGGGCCUCCUGGGCCACAUGGGCAAGAUGGACGAAAGGGACAAAAAGGCUUUUCUGGUCCUUCUGGUCUCCCAGGAGAACCUGGUGAGCAGGGAGAUGAUGGAAAGCCUGGGGCCAAAGGCUAUCCUGGCAGGCAGGGUUUUCCAGGGCCCGUAGGAAGAAUAGGACCAAAGGGUGUCUGUGGUCACAUUGGCAUCCCAGGGCUUUUUGGCUUUCCUGGUCCUGAUGGGGAGAGAGGAAUUCCUGGUUUGCAUGGGAAGAAGGGCAAGAUGGGUAGGCCGGGGUUUUCUGGUGACCCUGGAGAACGGGGCCCCCCCGGACCUGAUGGGAACCCAGGUGAACUGGGAGCUCCUGGUCCAUGUGGAGUCCAUGGGCUUAUUGGAGACAUGGGCCUUGGUGGCAUGAUGGGGUUACCGGGGCUUCCAGGACUCAAGGGAUUACCUGGAAAUCAAGGAGAAGCAGGACUGAAAGGUGAUAAGGGUGAUGUCGGCUUAACUGGAGAUCAAGGCGAGUGUGGAUUCCAAGGGGACAAGGGUACCAGAGGCUCUCCUGGGUUACCAGGUCCUCGUGGAAAUCCUGGACCACAGGGAAAACCUGGAGAAAAAGGCCUUGAUGGAAAGCCUGGUCCUUUUGGCCCAGAGGGCUUCCCAGGUGAUAUUGGCCCACCAGGACAAAAUGGCCCUGAGGGAUCAAAGGGAAGGCAAGGGACAAGAGGCUUACCAGGUCCAGAAGGAACACCUGGACUUCAGCUUCAGCGACUUUCUUUUCAUCAGGGUGAUGAGGGACCAGUUGGGCCAGCUGGACCUGCUGGAGCCGAGGGCAGGCCUGGGAGGUUUGGAUUUACUGGACUGGCAGGCUCAGAUGGACCCAAGGGGGAGACAGGGAUAACCGGCGAGGUCGGCAAGCUUGGCGAGAGGGGACUGCUGGGCAUUAUUGGGGGUGUUGGAGAGACAGGAAUGGCUGGAGAAAAGGGGGAUCGAGGGAAAAUGGGUAUCCCAGGACCUUCAGGUGAACCAGGGCCGAUGGGACAUUCUGGAAUACCGGGAGAGACAGGAGCACCGGGAUUGGAGGGGAUUCCAGGGCCCCCUGGUUCACGAGGAUUUCCUGGCAUCAGAGGGCCCAAGGGUGGCAGGGGUCCCAGAGGUCCUGAUGGCCCUCUAGGAGUGAAAGGGUUAACAGGGGUCAAGGGGCCUGAUGGUCCAUCAGGAAAAUUGGGCCUCCCUGGGGAGAUGGGAAGGUUUGGUGAGCCGGGCGAAGCUGGGCUGAAGGGAUUUCGAGGUGUUCCGGGGCCCUCAGGACCUCCAGGGGCCAAAGGAAUUGCAGGAGAACCAGGACCCUCAGGGCCAACAGGAAGGAUUGGGCCACUUGGGGGGAUUGGAGCGAUGGGACCUGCUGGAAAUGCUGGAGAAAAAGGGCUGCCGGGUGAACAUGGAGAGAAGGGUUCUGUUGGUGCACCUGGGAGCAUUGGAGAGCAGGGCUUAAUUGGCCAGAGGGGCGAGACAGGCAUUGAUGGGGAGGCUGGAACAUGUGGACCUUAUGGAAAUAAGGGUGAAAAAGGAGAUGCUGGUGCAGAUGGUGACACCGGAGACAGAGGUGAAAUCGGCCUGAAAGGAGAGGAAGGCAGAUCUGGUCCUCCUGGACUUGUUGGGUUCAGGGGUCAGGAGGGCAGACCUGGCAAAACUGGGGAAGGAGGAAAGCCAGGAGAAAAGGGGAGCAAAGGUCAGCAGGGCUAUUUAGGGGAGAGUGGACCAAUCGGAAUGCAGGGGGAUUCUGGGUUUAUUGGCCAGAAGGGGGCGAGAGGAACCAUUGGCCCUGUGGGUGCCCCUGGAAGGAUGGGCCAGCAGGGUGAUCCAGGCAUAGCUGGUUAUGAGGGUUACGUGGGAUCACCAGGACCACUUGGACCUUCUGGACCAAAAGGAGAAAAGGGUGAUCGGGGAGAUGACAACAGGAUAGAAGGCCUUCCAGGUCCCCAAGGUGAAAGAGGUCCUCCUGGAUACAGAGGAGAGCGAGGAGAGGCAGGUGACACAGGACACAUAGGUCAAAUCGGCUUAAAUGGACCAAGAGGUGAAACUGGUGCCCCAGGACUUCCUGGACAUCCUGGUUUAAAAGGGCAGCCAGGACUGAAAGGAUCCAAAGGUGAUCUGGGUUCAGAAGGAAAACCAGGGCUAACAGGUGCUCCUGGGCACAGAGGACCACCAGGUCCCCAGGGGCCAUCUGGCCAACGUGGGGUCCUAGGCAGGGAGGGACAGGAGGGCCCACCUGGAAUGGACGGCUUAGCUGGUAAAGAUGGAAGUAUAGGAGUCAAGGGGGAUCAAGGUGAGGAUGGAGAAACUGGUUUACCUGGAAAACCUGGUCUUCAAGGAGGAAAGGGGGUGACAGGACUUCCAGGAACACAGGGAUCCUUUGGUUCAAAGGGGGAGCGGGGUCUGCCAGGCCAGAUGGGUCCCGCAGGGAAGAGAGGUUCUGUUGGUGUGAUGGGAUUCCUGGGAAAACCAGGAGACCUUGGAACUAAAGGCCAACCAGGGGAUAGUGGAGAACAGGGUUUCCCUGGAGUGCUUGGUAUAUUUGGACCGAAGGGGCCCCUAGGGGAAAUGGGCCCAGCAGGAAUACAGGGACCAAAAGGACCACGAGGAUUGAUGGGUGCGGUUGGAGCCUUGGGCCCCCUUGGCAUCAUUGGGCCCAGCGGUCAUCCAGGGCCCCAGGGUGACAAAGGAAGUCGCGGGGAGACGGGCUUGCAAGGGCCAAAUGGAUCUCCUGGUCCUCGAGGAUUGCCUGGGCCACCAGGCCUUCCAAGUCCUGAGCUUUUGCUAAGAAAUGAAGCUCUUGGUGCUGUUUUGGAAGUCAUCAUGGAUUCACCCACAGUUCUACAGCAAGAUCACCAGAAUUAUCAAAGCGUGGACUUGCCCAUGUUAGACAAAGGCUCAGAGAUUCUGAAGACACUUCAUCACCUCAGCACGCUGGUCCACAGCUUGAGGAACCCGCUGGGAACCCAGCACCAUCCAGCCCGAACCUGCCUUGACCUCUACAACUGUGAGCAGCAGAUGUACGACGGAGCUUACUGGAUUGAUCCAAACCUCGGCUGCAGUGCAGACAGCAUUGAAGUGAUGUGUAACUUCACUGGUGGUGGACAAACCUGUCUAAAACCUGUCACAAUUUCAAAGUUGGAAGUUGGAGUGGGUCGCAUUCAGAUGAACUUCAUCCACCUACUGAGCACUGAGGCUGUGCAGCACAUCAUCAUUCACUGCCUCAAUGUCUCCGUGUGGGCCCAUGGACCCACCCAGCAGCCCUCAUCCAGCUCUGUUAGCUUCAAGGCCUGGUCUGGGGAGCAGAUCAAACCUGGAGAUCUUCUGGAGCCUCUGAUAACCAGAGACGACUGUUGGAUCAAAGAUGGACACUGGCAUCAGACACACUUCCUCUUCCAGAGCCAGGACCCAACUUUGCUUCCCAUCAUAGAUGUGCACAAUUUACCAACCGCAGAGCCCAGUGCAAAAAUUCACCUCGAGGUCGGACCUGUGUGCUUCUUGUAGGGCUGACUUGGACUAGUCCUCAAAGGAUCAACUGCAUUAAAGGGCGCAGAGAAAACAUCAAUGAUUUUCAAACUUCCAAAAAAAACAACUCUCCAUUCUUAGUAUGAAAAAUGCUUGGACUGCAAAAACAAAGCCCAACAAAAACAACAGCAGAUGCAGCAAAAAAACAGCUAAUUUAGAUAAGACCUGUGGCCUUUGUCAAGGAACUGAAAAAAACACAUGCGAUACAAGAGCUGGCUGCUUCCUUUGGAUCUCUUAGAUCUUGUUGUAUAUUUUCAUUUAUGGUUUGAGAAACAGUUCUGCAAAAAUAUGUACAGAAAUAUGAAAAUGAAAUUAUCCUGGAAUUAAAUAUUAUUUAAAUUUGUAAAUGUACUGUAUAUUGUGUCUUGAAGUGCAUUUGUUAUAUUGUGUUGCCUUUAGGGAUAAAGACAUCUCAUCCAUUCAGGUAUGCGGGAUUGCUCCAGAUAUUUCUGUUUCUGCUUUAAUUAAAAGCACAGAAAUUAGUCUGUGCAAAUCUCUCCAUGCGGGCAAGUCUUGCUUGAAACUUUCAGUGCAAACCUGGAGCAAAGACAUCAACGGUGCUACCUCGCUUCGCACCUCUCAUCUCAGAGUGAAACGGAGCCGUGACUUGAUCUAAUUUGGGACGACACAAAGGUGACGCCUGGUGUCGUGGCAGUUGGCAGUCUGGGGAAAAACCCUUGUCAGCUCUUAUCCUAGCUAUACCUAUGCCUUUAAAGGGAAGCUUUUAAAAAAUACAAAAACAACAGUUUAAGGAUUAUUUCUAUGGUUCUAAUAUUUUUUUUCUUGUCAAUCUGUAAAUGUAUUAUCAGCAACCAUUUAUACAUCAGUGAUUUCUAUUCAAGACUUUUUAAAAUAUUAACUCUGCGCCUUAGAGGCAGCUGUGAUUUAAAGGCUAUUUUAACAAUUGUGAUUGGUUUCCCCAAUGUGUAAACUCAGACGACUUCUAAUGUGACACAAUGUGUUUGACCAAGCUUUUUAAUACUGAAUAAAGUCAUAAUGACAAAACAGAUUAUUCAAUAAAAGCCUGAAACUGUUUACAAGUACCUCUAACAUUUAACGGACAAAUAAAAUGCAUCUCUGCUCUGUACUACCAUUUACUAGUGGCUUUAUCUCCCCUGUGAAAUUGUCUAUUUCUAUCUAAUAAUAAUACUGAGAUAAUGUGGCCAAUUCCUUAAGGCACAUCUGAAACAUCCAGGGUAGUAUUCUUUGGGAACCAGGGUUUAAAACACUCCCUCAGAGAAAUUGUAACCUCACCUUAGCUUUUAAAUUGCAUACAUGGAAUGUCUCAUGACUGAAUA